AGCUCUACAGGUCAAUUGCAGGCUCAAGAUGUGGACAAAAUAGCUGGGAAAAGGAAGAAAUUUAUCUGUUUGUCAUGGCAGAAAAACACGGGAAACAUGACUGCAAAAACAUUUUCCUGUAAGAUCACAACAGCAUUUCUUUCUUUAAUUAUUGCAGAGAAAUGCGGAGCCUACGAUGUGAUGUUCAGGCAAAGUCUUGUGCCUGACGGGCAGCCUCUUGUUAUUAAAUGUUCACUGGAAAAGAGCUUGAAUUUUAAAAGUGGAGACUGCAACUUAACAUGGUAUAAAGUUGGUAACCAGACAGCUGUGCCUAGAGACAAACUUUCUAGAAUUCAUCAGCAGAAGAGUUUAAUUUGGUUUCUCCCUGCAAUAUUAGAAGAUUCUGGAGAUUAUGAAUGUGUCAAAAGUUGCAGGAAUUUGACAAGCUGCAGCAAAAUGUCUACAAAAGUAACAGUUUUUGAGAGGACUGAUGGCUUAUGCUUAAAUAAAAAAUUUGCUGUAGAGGAGGUGGCAUUCACUUCAUCAUCUGCAAAGCUUGUGUGCCCACACUUGGAUCACUUCAGGAAUGAGGAAAAUAUUCUACCUGUUCGCUGGUAUAAGGACUGUCAGCUACUGGAAGGGAAAAGAUUUGCCUUCUUAAACAGUGACCUUAUGAUUUUCAAUGUGACCGUGCAAGAUCAAGGAAACUAUACAUGCAAAACAACAUAUACCUACAAUGGAAAGCAAUACAACAUCGCACGAGACAUUAGUCUGAUUGUAGAAGUGAGCCCACCAAAAAUGCCCCCAGAAAUAUCUUAUCCACAAAACAACUCAAUUGAAGUGGAACUAGGCUCACAGGUCACAGUGGAUUGCAAUACAACAGGUGCUGAUGGGUUUGAGGUGUUUUGGACAGGCAACGGUGUGUAUAUUGAUGUGUUUUAUGUGAGCAGAAUUUUUGCGAGGCCCUAUAAAGAGGAAACUGCUUAUGAUGGACGCCCUAUGUAUUCUGUGCAGCUCAUAAUUUCUGAAGUGCAUAGUGAAGAUUAUGAACAACCAUUUGUCUGUCAAGCUUCAAAUGCCUUUGGGCAAGUUGCAUCCUAUAUUAUAUUAAAACACAGAGUUCCUGAUAUACAAAGAUCGCUGACUGGAGGGCUUGUCUCUUUGUUACUUUUAACAUUUAUUAUUCUAAUCAUCUAUAAGAUUUUCAAGAUUGACUUGGUGCUUUGGUAUCGUAACUCUGGAUGUGCCUUUGUAAGUAAGGAAGAUGGGAAAAUCUAUGAUGCGUGUGUCCUGUACACAAAAGGCAGUGGAGGCAGCAACUUCUAUCGUCUGGAAACCUUUGUUCUUAGAAUACUCCCCAGUGUUUUAGAACAACAAUGUGGAUAUAAUCUCUUCAUAUUAGGAAGGGAUGAUCUACCAGGAGAAGCUGUGGUCAGCGUUGCUGAUGAAACCUUUAAGCAAAGCAGAAGACUGAUGAUUAUUUUGGGAUCUGAAACAUUUAGUUGCGUCCAGUUGGAAGAUGCCUGUGAACAACAAUUAGCUAUGUACAGUGCUCUUAUCCGUGAUGAGACUCAAGUGAUACUUAUAGAAAUGGAUGAAAUGCAGGACUACACAAGCAUGCCAGAAUCAAUUAGAUAUAUUAAGCAAAAACAUGGAGCUAUCCAAUGGAAAGGAGACUUCUCAGAGAAAUCUUGUUCAGCAAAUACAAGAUUCUGGAAAAAUGUGCGCUAUCAAAUGCCAGCCAAGAAAAAAGUAUCUUAUUCUGAAGUUUAUUUAUCACCUCAAACUUUGAACAAUUCUGCAGCAACGGGAAAUUAAGAUCUACUUAGUAAAAUAGUACUGAGAAGAUAAUUUGGGAAUAUGUUUUCUACACAAAUUCUUUGUACUAUGAACGUUUUGGUUUUAUUUUUUUUUAUUUUUUUUGGUGUCAAGGAGUAAAAGCUGCUCAUCCCUUCCCGAAAUGACACCAUAAAAGGAAAACUGUGCAACUGUAUUUGUGUUUGGGCUACAGAUAAUGACACAAUUUAUUCAGGCGUAUGCCUGAAUUAAGCAUUGUGGAUGUUGACAGACUGUUCAGGAGUGCUGAUCCACAUGAGUGUAAUGUCCACUGAAGAAUCAUCUGUGAAGUCUGUCUGUUUUCUAGUUGAAACUGCUGUUGAUAAAUUAAAAAAUGUUUAUGUAGUCUGCA